AUGACGGUCCCCUACCAUCAUCAGGUGGCCACCACCAAGUCGCAGCUCAUUUUUAAGCUGCUUUUGAGAUGGAAAGGCUCGCUCUGGAAGUCUGUGGGCGCCGAAUACAUCAUCUGGAUUAUUCUGUACUUUAUAAUUUAUGCCUUUUAUCGAUAUGUACUUGGCGAAAGUAGUCAGAGAGACCUCGAGGAGUUUAUUCGUUUCUGCAGCUCUGCGUUGGACCGGAUUCCUCUUACGUUCAUGUUGAGCUUUUUCGUCACGACCGUUGUGAAUCGGUGGACGGUGAUGUUCCAGAAUUUGGGAAUGAUCGACAAUAUUGCUCUGUUCACUUCUCAAUACAUCAAGGGAAAUGACGACAAAGGACGGCUAUAUCGAAGGAAUAUUGCAAGAUAUUGUUGCCUGGCGCAAGCUAUCCUAUUCCGUGACAUUAGUAUGAAGGUCAGACGUCGUUUUCCUACCAUGGAAUCUUUGGUACCGUCAGGCUUCAUGAUGGAGCACGAGCUCGAGAAGUUCAACGCCAUCAAGAACCGCUACAACAAGUCGUGGGUCCCGCUGAACUGGGCGAUCAGCCUCAUAACGAUGGCCAAAGAGGAGGGCCGGAUUGAUGAUGAUAUGCUGGAGUUGGCGACAUGCGUGGAAAUCCGCCACCUUCGCGUGAACAUGGCCACCGUUUGGCAGCAUGACUGGAUUUCGAUCCCAGUUCUUUAUCCUCAAGUGGUUUUUGCGGCAACUUACAUUUAUUAUAUUCUUGGGCUAUUUGCACGUCAAUUUAUUAUAGCAAAGGAUCAAGUGAACGGCGAGGUCGACGUCCACUUUCCCAUCGUUUUCUCGUUCUCCUUCAUUUUAUACGUCGGCUGGAUGAAGGUGGCCAUGGCCCUGCUGAAUCCAUUUGGAGAAGAUGAUGACGAUUUUGAUUGCAACUUUUUGUUGGACAGAAAUUUGACGCUUUCCCUCGGCUGCCAGGAUGAACAUCACAAAAUCCCCGAGGUUAAGAAAGACAGUUUCUGGGAUAUUGACCAGGCUCAACCCCUCUACUCCCUGCAAAGUGCCAUGCGCAAAAUGAACUUCUUCAUGGGCUCGGCAACGGCGCAAGAGGAAGCUGAAGGAGGUAUGGAUAAAAAGGCGCUUGACAUCGAAAUGGUACCCCAUCCUACUAACGAAAGGCUGAUGAACCGAAACGAGCCGGAGUUGAGGCGGAGGAGGGUGGUGACCGGGAUUAUGGAUGGGCGGCAAGUUUUA